CCAUUUAAAAAUAAUUUUGAAAUUUAAAUAUUAUCUAUUAAAAUAAUUUAAAUUAAAUACAAAAAAGUACAUUCAGUAGUACAUAUUUGGUGCCAACUUUGAAAGAGAGAGAGCCACUGAAUUGGUGGCAGCCACUAGCUAAGCACCUGAGAGUAGAGUUGUUACGUAUUUAAGCCAACUUUUGACUGCAGAGAGAAUAUUUUCUUCAUUUCAGUUUAUUCAACUCGUUCAGUUCAGUGACUAGUUCAUUCAAAAUUAAGAAGCCAAUUAGGAGUUGAAAAAUCAGGAAAGCUUGUUAUUUUCUCUUCCAAUUUACGUAUAGAAACUAGGUGAGAGGAUGAGAUCUACUAGUUCUAAAAUCUUGAAGGACACAGCGAUCAGAAAUAAUCGGUUCAAUUCAUGAACUGCAGAUAAUACUUCAUUUAAUAAACAGGUUAGUUUUAAAUGCAAAAUACGUUUUGAUAAACUUUUUGGUAUGCUUUUUCCCCUUGUGUUUCCAGCACAUUUAUUUAAUUAAAACAAGUAAAAUGCAGUUUUUUAGCAUUUUGAUUGAAUUUGCAUUUCCAUCCAAAUAGGACUUGACAUAAAUCACAAGUAAACUAAAGUUAAUCACCAGACAGUGAAUAAGAAAUGAAUCAGUUGCCAUUUUCAAAAAUUAUAAAAAUGAAGAAUCUGAAUAAUUGUACAUUAAGCUAUAUAAUGUAUACAGCUAUAGUGUACCCUCCUGGUUAGUAGAAAGAAGCACCAAAUUUAGAGUAAACGCUAUAUUUAGUUGCAAAUCAACAUGGUUUAAUAGUUAUCAACCUGUGAGAAUCACUUUUCUUCAGGAAAAUAACUGAAAAGUACAAAUUCAAAACAUGAUUAAAAUUGAUGAUUUAAAUCAAGGUUUCCUAUUUUGCUGAUUUAAAUUAAUCCAUCCUGUCACAGAGGAUCCCUGACAAAACUCCUUCCAAGAUCUAUUAACGCCCUCCCCCACCCCCCAUGUUUGGAUAAGUUUGGAUCUGGAUUUGAGCUUUACAAUUUAGGCCCAUCUCUACAAAGAAUGGUACAAAUUUACUAGCAUAAAUGGGCGCAACCACACUGAAGUCAAUGGGCAUAUGCCAAUGACUUUGGCCAUGUAUCUUUAAGCAGGAAGCACUGAGGUGAAGCCACCUGUGGGGCGGAACGCAAGAGCUAUUCAGCAGCAUACAGCAAUGCUGCACUAAUCUUUAGGACAGGAAGUGAAAGAGCAUAUAGUAACUAUUGGAAACUUCUCCCUUCUUUCCCCAUGGUCUAGUGAGAUUAUAGAGCUGCCUUAAAUAAGCUCCUGCUGUGACUUUUAUCUUGGUCUUUGCAAGGUAGCUGAAAGUUGACGUGAUGACAGCAGAUAAGGGUAUUCGUCUUUGAAGCUCAUUGGUUGGUUCUGUGGAAUUUUUUUAAGUCAGUCAUUCAGAGAUACAGCUGACAUAAGCUGAUUAUUCCUUCCUGAGCUUAUACACCACAGACGAGACUGGAGAGAGGGGAGCAAAAAGGGGGUCAGGCGGGGCAAACGUUCUCUCACAGCCAGUGCAGCUUUGCUGCCUUUCCCGAUGGGAGCUGGGUAAUAGCCGGGGUUGUAACAGACGUGGACUCCUGCUCUCCGCGACCUUGAGGGAAACCAAAUGGAAACCUGGAUAUUAAUUGCCCCACACGUUAGCCUUGGAACGGUGAGAAAAGUUCAAUGCCCCACAUGGUGGGGCUACUUCAGCACCAGCUUAUAUAUUAAACCAUUGUAUCAAAGGCAAGCCGUGUUUUGCGAAGAAAUGUAACCAGAGGAGAAAGGACACUUGUGCCUUUGAGAACACUGAGAGAUUCCUGCAUGGCCUGUCACUCUUAUGCCAUAGCCUGAGGAGCAGGUCUUUCUGGUUUUUGCUGAGCUGGGGGAAGCUGGAGCAGGGUGGGAUCAUCAGUAUUUACCCACAAACAUCUCAGAAAUCUUCCUUUCUUCUCUUUUAAAUUCUUCUGGAUGUAACAUGGAGAAAGAGCUUCCAUGAGGCUCCUUGCAGUCUGAGCUCAACCAAGUCAAGCUGAUUUUGGAAGAUAAGCUUGCUUGGUUCUCUGGAAGGGAGAAGAAGAGGAAACUAAAGGACUGUGGCUUCACUGCUAGGUUGGGGAGAAGCUGGACAUGUGAUGCAUGUGAGUUCCUGGCUUUUUUUUGUGCUCUGCCUGUUUGAAUAUGGGUUAACGGCAUUUGAUCAUGGUGGUCACUCAGCUACAACUGGAGCUGUGCUUCCAUGGGAAGAAACUGAGAGGUUUCACCUGCAAGCUGACCAGGUCGGCUAAUGGAUUUCUCCCAGAGACGUCCUUCUCCAUUGCCUCCCAGAUCUUUGUGCCAUUCCUCUUGGCUGGUUUGGGCAUGGUGGCUGCUGGCCUGUUGAUGGAUCUUGUUCAACACUGGGAUGUGUUUCGGACAAUUACAGAAGUUUUUAUCUUGGUUCCUGCCCUGGUUGGCUUGAAGGGUAACCUUGAAAUGACCCUGGCAUCCAGACUCUCUACUGCUGCUAACACUGGACAGAUGGAUGAUACCCAGGAACAGUGGAAAAUGGCCACCUGCAAUUUAGCCCUGAUUCAGGUACAGGCCACUGUAGUGGGGCUGCUGGCUGCCAUAGCUGCUGUCAUCCUGGGAGCAAUCUCAAAGGGGCACGUGGAGCUGAAUCAGGCUGCAGUGCUCUGUGCGAGCAGCGUGACUACAGCAUUCAUAGCUGCACUCUGCCUAGGUCUGGUGAUGAUUGGCGUGAUCAUCGGUGCGAGGAAGGUGGGGAUAAACCCGGACAACGUCGCCACUCCCAUAGCAGCGAGCCUUGGAGAUUUGAUAACCCUUUCUCUGCUAGCAGGAAUCAGCAGCACCCUCUUUAAAUACAUAGAUGUGAAAUACCUUUCACCUCUGAUCUGCGCUGUGUUUGUUAUCAUGAUUCCUCUUUGGGUUGCUAUUGCCAAGCAAAGUCCCUCUAUUGCUGAAGUCCUGAAGUCUGGAUGGCAGCCAGUGAUUGUUGCAAUGAGCAUCAGCAGCAUUGGUGGACUGAUCUUGGACAAAACUGUAACUGACCCGAACUUUGAAGGCAUGGCGGUUUUUACACCCGUGAUUAAUGGUGUUGGUGGGAAUCUGGUAGCCAUCCAAGCCAGCCGCAUCUCCACGUUCCUGCACUUCUGGAGUAUGCCUGGAGUCCUGCCCUACAAGAUGAGGCAGAACUGGCCCGGUCCAUGCACUACGUUCUUCAUGUCAGGGGUGAAUUCCAAGUCAGCCCGUGUCCUGUUCCUGCUGGUUAUCCCCGGACACCUGGUGUUCCUGUACACCAUUCGCCUCCUGCAGGGCGGGCACACAGCCAUCACCUUCACUUUUGUGAUGUUUUAUCUGACUGCUGCUUUGCUGCAGGUGGGAAUCCUGCUCUACAUGGCUGAUCUAAUUGUGCGACUGGUGUGGAGGAAGGCCCUGGAUCCAGACAACUUCUCCAUCCCCUACCUCACUGCCCUGGGCGACCUCCUGGGCACGGGAUUCCUGGCACUUUGCUUCCGCUUGGUUUGGCUUGUCAAUGGGACUGAGAUGAAACUGGGAAACUAACAGGACAUCUGCUGCAGCAUUGGCCCAUUGCUGCUCCACCAAGCAAGUCAUUCAGUAUGGUGCUUUAACAUGGUCCAACACGGUUGUUAGAGACUAUGUCUCAGACUAAGUCUUUAAACUGAAUGGGUCUGCUAUCCUUGCCCUCCCCUAUUGACCACUGCAGUGCCUUACAGCUGUUGAAUUCAGAUCAAAAGGAGCAGCACCCGUCUGGACUUAGACAGCUUUGAAAGCGACCUCGACAUCCUAAAACAGUAUACUCUGUUCAUGUGUGCAUCUAGAAAACCAGGGGUUAAGGAAAACAGAUCAUAUCUUGGGAAAUCUGCAUUUUGAUUGGCUUAAAAAUGUAUGACUGUAACCACCUGGUAAGUAGGAGACUAAUGCACACCCCAUUGAAGUCAAUGGGAGUCUUUCCAUUGCCUUCAGUUAGUCUUUGGAUCAGAUCCUAGUUGAGGAUGUUGCAAUGUCUCUGAUCAGCAGUUAGAGCCUAAGAAAUAUUUUCUUGCCUCCUCCCUCCCCACCACAUCUUCAGGGAGGGAGAAUCAAUAAGGGCCUUAAAAUUCUCUCUCCAUAACUUCUGUAUACAGUGUCUCAAAGAGCAUGUUCCUCAUUGGAUUGCAAUGCACUGAAAAAUCAUCCAGGGCCUGCCUAAACAAACAUCUCUAACUGACGAGGUGGAUUAUUCUUUGUUUGACAGUUUAAGGAACAUCUGUUCAGUAGUUUUUAUGGUUUAUUGAAACACAAAUAAAAUGUAAACCAUUUUGUA